AUGUCAAAUCCUGCAUUGCAAGUUUACGGUGGUGAUGAGAUAUCAGCGGUUGUAAUUGACCCUGGUUCGCACAGUACCAACAUCGGAUAUUCUGGCACUGACGUCCCCCAGUUAAACAUUCCAUCAUGCUACGGCCAAUACACCGGAGGCGAUAAAGCUGGCCAGAGAUCUUUCAACGAUCAGUUUAUGACUUUACCUAGACCAGAUUUUGAGAUAAAGCCUAUUGUUGAGAACGGCUGUGUCGUUGAUUGGGAUGCCGCACAGGAGCAAUGGACAUGGGCAGCCAAGGAUCAGUUGAAAUUCGACUCAUUUAGAGGAACACCCGCAUUCUUGACUGAGGCUAUUUGGAACUCUGAUGAAAAUCGCAAAAAGUCUUUAGAAGUUUUGCUUGAAGGAAUGGAUUUCGAAGCAUGCUACAUAGCGCCCACGGCCACUUGCAUAUCAUUUUCGAUGGGAAGACCUACGUGUCUGGUGGUCGACAUUGGACAUGACGUUUCAAGUGUCUGCCCUGUGGUGGAUGGAAUGACCCUUUCAAAAAGUUCUGCGAGAAAUUUCUUAGCGGGCAAGUUUCUCAACAAACUGAUAGAGAACCACUUGAAACCCAAAGAACUCAUUCCACUGUUUAAGGUAGCCCAAAGGAGACCGGAGUUUAAGCCUAAAAAUUUUGAUUUUGAAAUUAGCAGCUCCGUGAUUGACUUUGCUAACAGCAGAGGUUUCCUGCAAGAAUGCAAGGAAACGUUACUUCAGGUCGCACCUUCUGACUCUCCCAAACUCGAAGCCGAACUCGAUUCGAUGUCGAAAAGAUCGAUCGAGGCACCUUGGGGUGAACAUAUAGUAUUUGACAGCAAAACCAGAUUUUCCUUCGCAGAACAACUUUUCAAACCAUCUACGGACGGUAUGCCAGAUAAUUGGCCGCGAUCGAAUGGUGUUGUAGAAACUUGGCAUAACGAUUACGUGCCAAUGAAACGUGCGAAGCCCAAUGUGGGUAACAAAGAAAGAGAAGAAACUGCCGAAUCAACACCAGCUCCUGAAGAGAUCAAGGCUGAGCCAACGGGGUCCUCCACUAUUAAUGAAAACGGUAAGAGAUCUUUGGACGAAUCUCAAGAAAAUUCUGGCCUAAUCGCGGGACUUGGUGACCUCGUGAACACUGCGAUAACAGCUACCGAUGUAGAUCUUCGAGCUACCUUGGCUCACAACCUGAUCAUAAGUGGAGGAUCUUCAUCAAUACCUGGACUUACUGAUAGACUAAUGGCGGAAUUAAACAAAAAGUUGCCUGCCUUGAAAUUUCGCAUAUUAACAGCUGGUCAUCUGAGAGAACGGCAAUCAAAAGCAUGGCUUGGUGGUAGCAUAUUAUCGAGUUUAGGGACCUUUCAUCAAUUAUGGGUAGGGAAGCAAGAGUAUGAGGAAGUUGGAGCUGAGAGACUGUUGAAAGAUAGGUUCAGAUAA